CUUUUCUCUUCUCAUUUUAGAGAAAAAUGAGCAGACGGAAUUGUUGGAUUUGCAAGAUGUGCAGAGAUGAAUCUAAGAGACUUCCUUCAAACAUUACUUUGGAGGAAGUAUUACAAUGGGGCCAGUCUUUUGAAAAGCUGAUGGCUACAAAAUAUGGUCCAGUAGUCUACGCAGCGUACUUAAAGAUGGAGCACAGUGACGAGAAUAUUAAAUUCUGGAUGGCAUGUGAAACCUAUAAGAAAAUUGCCUCACGACGGAGCAGAAUUUCUAGGGCAAAAAAGCUUUAUAAGAUUUACAUCCAGCCACAGUCCCCUAGAGAGAUUAACAUUGACAGUUCAACAAGAGAAAAUAUCACCAGGAAUAUUCAAGAACCCACUCAAACUUGUUUUGAAGAGGCUCAAAGGAUAGUGUAUGUGCACAUGGAAAGGGAUUCCUAUCCCAGAUUUGUAAAGUCAGAAAUGUACCAGAAGCUUUUGAAGACUAUUCAGCCCAACAAUUCCUAA